AUGUCUACUGUUGCUAAAGACUCUAAGAAUUCCAACUCCACUCCAAGAAGUAUCAAUCCUGGUCCAAGUAAACCAGACCUAGCCGGAGUCGAUUCGUCUUCGAUUUCAGGACAAUCUGUCUCAACCUCUGGUAGGGCUUAUGUGAGCGAAGGUGAAACCGAUUCACCAAAGUCUCAAAUAACAAGGCUUACUUCGGAAAACCAACAUAUCAAAGAUCAUGUUGCUAGGAUAGAAUCAGGAAUGUUGUCAAUGCAAGAACAGAUGCAUCAACUAACCAUGAUGUUUAAACAAGCUAUGCCGCAAGUUACUCCUCAAGGUAGUACUGUCCAACCCAUUGGAGGCGUUAGUACUAACCCUGGUUAUGCGCUGGGGGAAUUCAAUACUACGCCUCACUCAACUGGUGAACAAAUGAAAGCUCAGCCGGACGAGCGCACAUUUAGACCAGAAUCUAACUUUCCCAGCCUGGGAACACGCUCACUUGCUUCACCCUUACCAAUCCAUUCACAUCAAAGUGGAACACCUAGAUCUUAUGGGUCAAGUAGAUCCAUUGCAUCUUAUGAUGGUAUCCUCUACCGGGGAGAAGUCGUCCACGAUGGAUUUUGGGUAGAAGGUCACGAGGCAGCGUGCGAGAUAAUCAAUGAAGCGAGACAGAAAUACCCCCAUGGGGAAGAUGUCGAGGUAAUUCCGUAUAUUCGUGUGCCAAACUUAUUAGUUGAGAAAGCGUUCAUGGCGUAUUACAACAAACUUGUUGCCAAACAAGGUAGAACUCAGAAUGACAUUAUUGCACUUGGUCAAUACGACAUUUCCAAACGUGUUCCCAUGAAGUUCUCUGAUGUUGACGGUUUUAUGUUUUGGUUAAAGGAAGUUUUAUGGCAUAAGCACAUAUACGGGAUCCCGGAUAAACUCAUCAUUAAUGAGUUGAAGACGGCGGCUAAUGUGACAAAGUCGAAGGCAUUGAUAGCGAUGAUCGAUACGGAGUGUAAAAGUGACGACCCAUUCGAACAACCAAUGAUAUCAUACUUACCUAUUUUGCAUACAAGGAAGGUUGCGCCUGUGCAAAACCAAGUCUUUGACAUAAUAGGGAAGAUAAAUGACACUUUGAAAGAAGAUUUCGAGGUCAAAAUGAAGAUGACUAUCAUUGGGAUAGCGAUUAAGAAGAACAUGAAUGCUAACAAGUCUACCAAACUAUCCCUGGAAACUUGGAUCAACAUCUUCAAGACGCUUUUUGAAAAGAUGGGUAAAGUCAUGUCUAUGAUUAUCCAAUACAUGCACAAGCAGAUUACUGUUGAAUAUAUAGGAGAAAAUGGAAUUAUGCUGUCUAGGGUUGAAGAUGCGACAGACAUCAAACAAGGGCUCACUUUGCUAAGAGACAAUUCGACAGAUCAGAUCAUGUACGGAAUGAAAUUCUAUGAUUUGACCUUUGAACGAAUUUGGGAAGUAGUAAAUGUUACCUUCCGAGAUACCUUGCCGAUGAUUGGCAUCGAAGAAGCAAAAAAUCACAAACCUGUGCAAUCUGAGAAAUCAGAGAAACUGCAGAAGACCACAUCGUGUCAUUUCUGUGGAGGAGGUAGACACAAGUUAGAUAAAUGUUAUACGAUGACUGCUGCUUUGGAAGAAGGGUUGGUUAAGAAGAAGGAUGGGAAGUACUACUUGGCGGAUGAUAAACCAUUGAAUAUUGAUGGGAAACAACCAGCUGUCCAACGUUACCCCGACUUGAAAAACCUAAAAACUAACGCGAGGCAUCGCACGCCCCCAAAUUAG